UUAAGGUCACGGCAAAUGUGUGGAAUUCGUCAAAAAGUACAUUCUUCCCUUCCUGAUGGUGGAUGGCGGUGGCUACACAAUCCGUAACGUCUCCCGCUGCUGGACGUACGAAACAUCCGUUGCGCUGGAUUGCGAGAUUGCCAACGAGUUGCCGUACAACGAUUACUUUGAGUACUUUGGACCGGACUUCAAGUUGCACAUCAGCCCCAGCAACAUGAGCAACCAGAACACGACGGAGUACUUGGAGAAUAUCAAGAACCGGUUAUUCGAGAAUCUACGCAUGUUGCCACACGCACCUGAAGUUCAGGUACAGGCCAUCCCCGAGGAUGCAGUUAACGAGGAAAGCGACGACGAAGACAAAGUCGACAAAGACGAGCGGUUACCACAGGCCGACAAGGACAAGCGGAUAGUACCGAACAAUGAGUUCUCCGACUCGGAAGACGAAGGCGAGGGCGGUCGAAGAGACAACCGGUCGUACAAGGGUGGCGCUCGGAAACGACCACGACGGACAAGGAUGCCAAAUCGGAGGACAUGAAGGACGAUC